AUGGAGUCCGCCACUCUUCUCCGUUCUUUCAAUAAUUCUGUCAGCACAUAUUCCCAUUUGAGAACUGUUAUUGAAAAACCGGGCAUGCUUAUCAUGAAUACUGCAGCCUUUUCCAGCAAUAGGAAAUUCCCUGCCUGCAGGGGAAGUGUUACUUCAUUCAAAAACAGGAAUGGAUCUUUGUUUGUCUCAUGUGUGAAGACUUCUGACACUACUUUGACAGCAAAGUCUAAUGGUGACCCUAAUGGAGCUGUUGUGUCAGAAAGUCAACAAGGAGCCCAAGAGAAGAAAACUAAAUCUAAUGCAACAUUUCCCAAUGGUUUGGAGGCACUGCUCAUGGAGGUUUGUGAUGAGACAAAAAUUGCUGAGCUCAAGCUCAAG